CAUACUUGUAUGCAGUCUUGUCGUUCACUAUUAACAGAAAUACACUCAAAGAGAAAAAGAUGAAGUUGAAGAUGUGUAACGUUGUUGGAGAAGCUAAGAAGCAGGUUGAAGAGGUGUGCGAGUUGCGUUUUGUGCAGUUGAGAAAGGUUCCAGUGGUGGGUUUUGGUAUAGCAGUGAGUGUCGUUGUUGACAGUUCUUGUAAUGCUUCUACGUCCAUUGUUGUCUCUGACGUCAUCAAGAUUGGACCAGCUGAGGGAAAGUUACAAUUGAAUGACCGCGUGUUGAGUGUGAAUGGUCAUUCCUUCGACGGCGUUGACCAGUCUACAGCUAUCCAAGUACUGAAGGAGUGCGGCGACACAGUUAAUAUGGUGAUUAGCAGGUCGACUGCAUUACCAUGUCAAAAUGUCUCUGAUGUGAAAGAUGACAAGAAGAAAGGUGAAGGUUCUUUUCUGGGGAAAGCCAAGAAGAUGCUGAGCAAAGCUAAAGGCAAAUUCCGUGGAUCUGUAACAAAGAAAGCACCUAUCAAGAACACAAACCUGGAUCAACCUUACAUGGAAUAUAAAAAAAUAGAUAAUACCAUCUAUCCUAACCAUUCCCAAGCGUCAGUCAUGGAGAAGAAAGUAAGCAAUCUGAACAUCAACAUCACAGACAACGUUGUGGACAAGUUUACGACUUGCUCCGUCAGCCGUAAGACCACGAACAUCAACGAGUUAUGAUCUCUUUUAUACGUCACCGGGGGCAUCUCGCUACCGACCCACUUGGCGCCAGACCGUGACAAGAAGCUCCCUUAGACACAAUGAAAUAAGUGAAGAUGUACUACAGCGGGUGUAAGAAAUAUGAUGCUAUCCCCGGUCCAACGCGUUUCCUCCGAGAAAGAUGAACGAAUAGCCAACGUGCCGUUUCACUCACUACCCUUAUAACACCAAGGGUUCAGCAAACAAUUAUUCUGCAGGACUGCGUAUGAGGAGACCUUGGAAUUGGUUCAGAGCAAUAUUUGUGACGAUGAUUAAUUUAUUAUAUAUUACUCUAUAUAUUAUAUUACUCUAGUCUCUAGUCAUCGGCAGAUCUAAGCUGCUUCACGGCGGGCUUGUAUGUUCUUCCUUUUUCCUUCUUCCUGGGAUAACUAAGAAUAUAACUAAGAAUAUAGGAGACAAGAUCUAGCGGAUUUCGAGUCAACUGUUUCAAAUGUGCAAAAAUGUCGUGAAAAUUGUGAAGAUAUACUCUUGUGCCGAUGCGCAAUCUGGAUGCGCUAGUGACUAUUCACUUUCAAAGAUAAGACCUAUAUUAAACCUAUUUUGUACAUUACAGUAUAUUGCUGAUUAACAGCUGUUUGUUUACUGAAUUAUAACGUCAGAAAAUAAUCUUGUGUUUGAUUAAUGCCAACAUCAUUUUGUCAAUAUUGUUAAGCUUAAUUACGGAGGCAGUAAUUAAUCUAGAACAAGAUUAUUGUGUUUGAUUAAUGCCAACAUCGUAUUGUCAAUAUUGUUAAGUUUGU